UGACCAGUUGAAAGCUUCAAUAUUUGAGUCUGAAAACCAACAUAUCGACAUGUAUUCGUGCGUCAUUUUGUUCAAGUAUGUCAUCUAUUCCAUUAUUGUAGUUAAGAAAAACAGCACUCUGAGAACACCACGCUAUCCUGCUCUGGUCGUUCCUGUUAAGGGACCAAGAUCCAAGCACUGAUCGACUGGAAUGCCAUCCAACAGCUCCGUAGUAAAAACAUGUUUUGUGGACAGUGUCUCUGCAAUUGUGAAUGCAUGUUUAAUCUUGAUGAAAAUUAUAUCACAGAGUUGAAAG